GGUCAGGACGGCAAGAUGGCGGCUCGGGCAGCGUUUGGAGCUGGGUGCCGGCACCUCUGGAAGGGCUUGGGGAAUUCGUCUACAAGCAGCUCUAAGAGCAGUAUAACCAAAUCUGGUGGCUUUCUUCUCAGUACCAAUAUGAAGUGGGUACAGUUUUCAAACUUACACAUUGAUGUUCCAAAGGAUUCGACCAAACCUACGAUAACUGUUUCUGAUGAACCAGACACAUUAUAUAAACGCCUGUCAAUUUUAGUAAAAGGCCAUGAUAAGGCUGUAUUGGACAGUUAUGAAUAUUUUGCCGUGCUUGCUGCUAAAGAACUUGGUAUCUCUAUUAAAGUACAUGAACCUCCAAGGAAAAUAGAGCGAUUUACUCUUCUCAAAUCAGUGCAUAUUUUCAAGAAGCACAGAGUUCAGUACGAGAUGAGGACGCUUUAUAGAUGCCUAGAGUUAGAACGUCUAACUGGAUGUACAGCAGAUGUCUACUUGGAAUAUAUUCAGCGAAACUUACCUGAAGGGGUUGCCAUGGAAGUAACAAAGACACAAUUAAACAGUUACCAGAACACAUUAAGGAGCCAAUCUGGGCAACUGUACCAGAGGAAAAAGAAGAGAGCAAGUCAUGACGCCACAGAGACACCACUUAUGCCUGAAUUGGAAAUGAGCUGGGCCUGAUGUUUCAUUGUGCAGCUGACACAAUUUUGAGUUCAUCUAACUUCUCAGUUGAGAGCAGGAAAUGGAACUUUAAUGACAGUCUGGGCUGUAAUGAGAUAACCAUUUUAUGUGUUCUUUCAUAUAUGUCGCUGUUUCAGUUCUGAUGUUAAGAAAUGUUAGCCAACUAUUCUGAAUACUCUGAACCAAGGGAGUCAAAUUUAUAUUUUUGUUUUGUUCAAUUAUUAGUUUGUACUGAUUUUAAUUUAUACUUGUUCAUUCAUUGGAAAAUGAGUAUUUGAAGUAUUUUUCAUAGACUUUUUUUUAAAGUUCCUAGAAGGGAACUUUGGUUAAUUUAACACUGAAACUUUUGAUCUUUACCUUCAGGUAGGCCACAUGUACUACCUUGUGAGUGGCCAGCAAAUCACCUAAUUUAAGCAUUAUAUUUCAGAAAGUGAAUAUACUUUGUAGCAGGUGACGCACAUUUGUGACAUGCACUAAACUCUUCUUGUAGCCCAAACUCUUAUAAGACUGCCACCAAGAGUCACUAUGAUAGAAUUUAUGCUCUCAAGGAAUUACUACCUGCAUCAUUUCAUCCAUCCACUGAUUCAUUCAUUCAGAAUCUUUUAUUUGGGCCAGGCGCCCAUGGCUCAUCCCUGUAAUCCUUGUUACACAAGAGGUACAGAUGGAGAGGAUUGAGGUUCAAAGCCAGCCUGGGAAAAUAGUUCAAGAUACCCUAUCUCAAAAAAACCCAUCACU